UUACAGUAAAGGGGUGCAGUGUAUAUUGCGCCUUAUCGCUGUAAUCAUUUUAUUUUUACCAACAACAUACUUUUGUCUAUCAAAAUCAAAAUGUUGCAAUCAAGCCUAUGUGUUUACUAUAGUUAAAUUAUAAAAGUCUACGAAACUCGGGGAAAUUCGGCAGGAGAAAGGCAUUAUUGGUGAACAUAAGAUUAUCUCCAAUGUGGUGUAGCUGGUGCAUUAUACGAAGACAGAGGCUUUUUUAAGCGGGCCUAAACUAGGCCUAUAGAAUAGUAUAGUUAGCCGAAGGCCUGGCAGAACAAGAAUCGAGUCCUGACUCAGGGAUAUAUAGAGGGUGGACAGGAGAUGUUGCACCUGUGGAGAGGAACAGUAAAAGCUCUACCUCAUCUGAAAUACAUCCAAAGAAUCAAUCCAAUACAGUUACACAAACUUGAUAGAUCACAUAUAUCAAACAUGACAACCGAAAGACCAGGAUGGAGCGAGAACUCUCUCCAAUUGUACAAUACGUUAUUAGAAACUACUAAGGAUGGAAAAUGGGUGAAAGUAUUGACAACUCGGAACCCUCCGCCAACUCAGCCUGAUUUUGGGCGUUUAACAAUGUUAGACCCAGCUGCGUAUGAGUAUGGGAUCUUUGUAAAUUCAGAAGAGCAAUGCUUAAAGGGAGUGUGUGAAUUUGGACCAUAUGCACAAUCUGCGGAAGGAAUGGUUCAUGGAGGUGCCAUAGCAACCAUUAUAGAUGGCGCCACACAAGUACUUAAAGCUACUUUGUUUCCUGAUAUUCUAGCUGUAACUGGUAAUCUCAAAGUUAACUAUAAGAAACCAUUACCUGUAGGAGCAACAGUUUUUGUUGAAUGCCAUCUACAAAAGAGGGAUGGCAAAAAGUUCUUCCUCUCGUGUGACUUGAAGAGUGCUGAUAAAUCUAUACUGUAUGACACGGGAACAGCGCUGUUCUUUGAUGUUAAUGACCGUGUCAACCAACUGCCUGAAAAAUGUAAAGCCGACUGCUUGCCAACUGCCGAUCCAGUAACUGGUUGGACUGAAGAAUCAGAAACUCUCUUUAAGCAGGUUCAGGAUGAAACAGACGCCAGCUCUUGGAAAAUUGUUGCUAGUACUAAGAAACAAUUUCCGAGGAAGAUGUUUACCCGAUUACCAAUAGGCCCAGGGUCAGCAUUUGAAUAUGCAUGGCUGUGUAAUAAAGAAACCAUCGAAAUGAGGGGAAUCUGUCAAUUUGGACCAUACACCCAAGGACCUGAUGGACUUGUUCACGGUGGAGCUACUGCAACCAUGCUUGAUUCAGUUACUGGAGUUCUGAUGGAACAUGGUGCAAACAAAAAAGCUGUUACUGCUCAUCUAGACAUCAAGUACAAAUUACCUGUACCUAUAGGCUCAACCGUGCGAGUGGAAGCAAAGCUGGAGAGAACUGAUGGGUGCAAAAACUACCUGCAAUGCUCGAUACUCACACCAGACAAGUCAAAGGUUCUAGUAACUGGAACAGCUCUCUAUGUUGAUCUUGAUCUUCUAUAUAAACUGUAAUAAAUGUUUGUUAUAUUAAUCUUAUGGAUUGAGCAGAAAUCAAGAUUCUUACUCAAACAUUGAAUAGAAUUUAUCAUGCUGUGUUGAUGAUUGUUUAUCAUCAGAGUGGUGCUGUAUGUGGGUGCCUGCCCUUAUCAAAGUGUCUUGGGUUUGAGUCCUGUUACAUACCAGGAGUUUUGCUCACAACCAAAAAAGAAAACAUGUUAGUUCUGUAAACCAUAAAAAUAUGUCACUUCCAUAUUGAUGAGUUACUUGGCAUUUAAUAAAUAUAAAAUGUUGUUUUUGAUAAAUUAAUUAAAAAAUAUAUCGAGGCUCUGAGCUGUGAAGCAUCUUCUUGUUAUAGUAAAUAUUUCUUUAUUUAGAGAAGAACGUUCUGGACCAAAGUAGAAAAUACAGUUUUAGAGGCCAAAUGUUAAAUGAUUAAAAAUAAAAAUAUAUAAAAAAAAUAUGUUAAAUAUUUGAUGAUUUGAAAAAUAUUUAGGUCUGCUGUUCAACUUUGUGAUGGUUGUGAUGUAAAAUAUGAUGCAAAUCACAUUGAUGGAGGUUCUAAGGUUGUGUGGGAUGAGAUGGUGGUUUACAUUUUAAGACUAAAGAACAUAAAGAUACUGUAAUAUUCACAUAUGUAGAUGGCAGCUAUUAUCUGCAUUUAUAUAAACAUUAUGUAUGCCUGUACUAUUGCAAAAUUGGUAAAUGUUCCCUAAUGUACUGUACAUAAUAAUCUUUAAAUAAUAAGCUUUAUGUAUAUGUUUGUACUGUACCAUCAAGGAAUGUAAUUAAUAAUGUUAUCAUCUUGAUUCUGGUAUAUUUAUUGAAUUUAUUUUUGCAUUUUAAUGAUACAACAUGAAUCCAUCAAGGAAUGUAAUUAAUAAUGUUAUCUUGAUUCUGGUAUAUUUAUUGAAUUUAUUUUUGCAUUUUAAUGAUACAACAUGAAUCGUAGAUUCAAAUAUUAUUUAUGUUCAUUUUCAAGAGAACUGGAAAAUAAUGUUUCAGGCAAAAUCAUGAUUGUGAUCAAAACUUGGAAUAUUUUUCAGGGAUUUUCCAAAAACAAUAACUUAUACAAACUAUAAAGACCAAUUGUAGUAUAAUAAAUUAAUUAGAUAAACUAAUUAAUUACUUGCUUUUAAUACACAAUAGUACAGGUACAUACACUACCUCAAAAUAUUGAACUGAACAAGUAACAAUAACACGAAAAAUCACUAAACAAAUCUGAUUUGUAACUAAUUGAAUUGUAAUAGUUGAAGAGCCAGAGAAGGAGUUUUGUGUAAGAACUAUACAUUGUUAUCACCUUAGAAUAAAAGUAGUAAGUGUGUAUUUGAUAAAUAUGGAAUAAAAAAAAAAGCUGAAGAUGUGUUGGUUCAUAUGAAAAAUAUUUUGUUUUCAAAACCAAAGAGGUAUGGAAAUAUAAUAACAUAUAUAUCAAGGUUUGAAAUUAUUCACUACUCAUAAAAAAUUAGUGAUUCACACAUUUUAUACAAUGCUUCUUUAAUGUUAUGAAGCUAUUUUAUACUAAAAAUAUAUUAAAGCAUACCAGGGAACAGUUAAAUUACAUGGAAACAUCUCGAACCGAACAUCAAAGGUUAUAACCGCGGUGCCGCUGCUCUUAUCAUAAUCAACUGAUAAACAGUUUACUAAGGAUUUACUAAACUAAUUACGAUGACCCAAUUGCUUUGCGCAUGCUCACUAUUGUGUAAACUACACGAUCUAAUACUUCCUGCAUCGUGUUCUCAUGGUGAUCGACGUCGUAUCAUACCAUGAUCAUACCAAUUUAACUUUUCCCUGAGCAUAUCAUUGUUGUAUGUUGAUGUUUUCCUAAAUUGAUAUUCAUAAUCGACCUGAAAUAAUUGUGACAAUGUUAUUUAAUUGAUAGUAAAUUAUUGAAUUUGUAUAUUUAAAAAAAUUAGGUAGAAUUGAUAUUUAUAUCUAGGUGCUAAUCAAUAAUACUCAUUGUAAGUGGUAGUAGAAAACUUGUAUAAUUUCUACCUCUACUAUUAUAUAGUUAUAUAAUUCUAUUUAUACAAAUCUAUUCUUCUUGGUGCUUACAUAUAGUCUGCUUAGUAAUAAAUUGUUAGAAUGCUGGCUAUGACAAUGUAUGAUGUAAUAAGCCUUUUUUAUAUUUGCUAGUGCUCAUGAGUAUGUCAUAGUUCAAGUCAUACAAACAAUAAUAUGACUUAAUUUAAAAAAGUAAAAUUGUUAAUGUUUCAUUAGCCAUUAAGCCUGGUUUUCUUAAAAUCGCUACACUGUCAUUACGGUGUUUUCAAAGCAAUUGUUGUACUGCCAACAAUCCCUGAUGCAAUGGGAAGGCUCCCCCGAUUCUGACCAAACAACAUCACCGAAAGCUGUCAGCAUAGCGUGUAACGAUUGCAUGAAAACCAAGCUGUACAUGUCAGUUGAAUUUACCACCAAUUAUAAUUUUUCCAGACAACCAGACAUGUAAUGUAAUGACCAGUGCUGUGUAUUAAUAUUCCUCAACCAACACUAGUAGAUGUUUCAAUACAAUAGUAGCCAAUAGUGCAAGAAAUAUUAUGUAGCUGUUAAUACAUCUUAUUCAUUAAUAAAAUUUAGAAAAUAGCAUACACAGUAUGCUUUGUUUAUGCUUUGACCUUUGACAUGGACACUAUAAACUACUAGAUGGCUUAUAAUAAAUAUGUAUCUUGUCAUUAGCUUUUAUAUGUUGUUUAUUAUAUUUUUUUCUAUUAAUAUUAUUGUCGCUAGAUGAUUAUUGUCCAUUUUGUUUAUAUUAUUUUAAUGUUGAAAAGUUAUUGCUAUUACUAUCUAUAUUUUUAAAAAUAAUAUAUCUUUAAUUAUCACAUCAAAACCAGAGUUAUUAUGGUAAUAACAUAAUAAUGUUUUUUUAAAUACUUUUUUUCAUAUUUACCUUGAAUUUUGAUAAAUAAUUCCUGCUCUGGAUGUGCUUGUGCCUUGAUCAUUUAUGUAAAAUGCAUGCAUUAAUAUUAAUGAUUAUGAUUAUUAAUAAUUUGUUUUCAUUAGUAAUACUACAAUUUGUACUUCCAUGGCAAAAGUGGCAAAUAUAUUUAUAUAAAUUUAAAAUGCUCCACGCAUAUUCUAUGCACUUUAAUUUUAUAUUAUUUUUAAACAAUGUUUUAAUAACAUCUAUUAGCCAGUGAAAUCAAGUAUAGUAUGAAUGUUUAUCAUACUCCGCUUUUAUUGAAAAAUAUAAAUGUUACUUGUGAACUCAAAAUAAACAUGUUACACACUGAA